AUGAUUUCACUUUAUUGCACUCGAAACCUUUUAAAGAAGGUCCAACAACAACAACAUAUUAUACAAGAACUUUCUAUCAUAUCUAAACCGCCAUCAUUUUUAUAUCGUAAAUUACAUAAUAAUGUAAAUGAUGGUGCAGCUCGAAGAAUAGCUGAAAAGGAAGAAAAAAUGAAAAAAGUGACUGGAAAGAAAUCAAGUAAAACUUUUGAGAAAUCAGGAUUAAAAACUUCUACAUUAAGAGAAAUGUUUAAAAGUAAAGAAAAACCAACGGAUAAGAAAAAUGAAAGGUCAAUUGAGGAAAUGAAACGAGACAAAUAUAAACAAGAUUUAACUAGACAAAUUCAAUUACAUCAAACAUCAAGAUUAAAUAAAAGAGCUUUCUUACUUCAAAUGAUUAGUAAAAAAUGUAAUCCUAAUUUUCAAAUAACCGCUACCAAUGCAAAAGAGUCUAAUCGAAAAAAAAAAAUCAACAUAGAAGAGAUGCAACCCGAUGACAAAAAUGUGAAUUAUGAACCAAAUUGGCGUGAAAAUGCAAACCUUCCUGGAUGGUUAAGACAUAAAUUUGCCAUGAAAGAGAGAACAGGGUUUAAAAAAUGGGAACCACAUAAAAAAGUUAAUAGGGAAACUAUGGAUAAAAUUCGUUGGUUAAAUACCCAGAUGCCGGAAGAAUAUACCGCCGAAAAACUUUCUCAACAAUUUAAAAUUUCACCAGAAUCUAUUCGCAGAAUUUUAAAAUCAAAUUUUGUUCCAAAUUCUGGAAUGUUAGAACGUCAAGAACAAAAAUAUAGGGAGAAAUUAUUAAAAUUUAAGGAGAAAAAAAAAGGGGAGAAAGUGGCAAUACAAUCAAAAACUAGUCAAAGUUCAAAACGAAAAGGGUCAAAAUAA